GUUUCUCCUUACGCUGAUCUUCUCAUCUUUUCUUCUGCAGCUCAACAUGGCGACGACAUCUGACAAUGCUCAGCGAGUCAGUCUCGGCGCGUCGCUCAAGCAGCGGAGACCGAAAGCAACGACCAUCCUUGAUCGGUUCAAAGAGCGUGUGGAAAAGACAACGCUGAAGGUGCUCGGACUUGCUAGUUCCAACGAGAAGACCAGAGUUUCAUGAGCCUAUCGAAAAGCUCGGUUUGAUCAAUGAGCAUGUUCUCCAGCGUACCUCCCACUAUGGAAACGCGAAUUCAACAAGCGCUAGGCUAAUUGAAGCCCUUGCCAACGCAGCGAAAGAUGUCGAAAACUUUAUUCAAGUAUCACGAGAACAGGAUUAUUCGAAAAAGUUUCUGACUGACGCUCCAGCCACCAUGGCAAAUUUACACAAGAAUCUGGAUUCUAUUAUUGCUCAAUUUGCGCUCGUGCACAGCGUGACUCUUGCUACACGACUAGAUCAGAUGAGCUUGGAUGUUUAUGUUCAGUUCUCCCCUCGGGCAUUCUUCAUUGACAUCUGUGCAAGCAUGUUGGGUCUCGCGGGAAUCAGAUGUGAGCGCCCUUCAAUAUCCUUGAUGGUUGCCCACCCCACGCGCUCUAGUCCUGUUACUACCAUUAUUGCCGACAUUCCGCCAAAUCCAGUCAACUUUUACGGUCGAGAUGACUUGCUCCACUCAAUCACAGCACUCCUCCUUCAAGACCAGACCUGUCGCGUCCCGAUUCUCGGCUCCGCAGGAAUCGGCAAGACAUCUCUCGCUGCCGCCAUUAUCAAUGACGAUCGAAUCAAGACCAAGUAUGGCCAAUCGAUUUGGUUUGUCUCCUGCGAGGGUAUUACGUCUGCCGAUGGGAUUCUUCAAGCAUUAAUCGCUUUCUUGGGGUUAACGCAUGAGUCGAAUGCCCGGCAGAUCGUUCUCGAAUCCUUGGCAGCGCGAAUUUGUGCCCUCUUAGUGCUCGACAACCUGGAAACAGCUUGGGACUCUCCCGAUAGGGUUUCCGUUGAGCUGUUGCUAGGGAAGCUUGCGGAACUCUUGGGUCUGUCCCUGAUCAUCACGAUGAGGGGAAACGUCCAACCAGCCGGAGUGACGUGGGAUGCAACCUAUGGCCAACCCCUGACACCACUUUCCAUUCCUGCAGCACAUCAGAUGUGGAUUGGUAUCACUCAUCGAAAUGAAGAUGUUCCCGACGAGCUUCUUGCCGCAUUAGACGGAUUGCCUCUGGCAAUUACUCUCAUGGCACACCAAGGCCAGCUCUCAGAUUCGACCGAACUGAUGGAAGCAUACACGGCUGAGAAAACCGCCUUCCUACAACGCGGUACUUCUGGAAGACUCACAAGCCUCGAUACAUCCAUUCAAUUGUCACUCAAUUCCCACACUAUGAUGCAGAACCCGAACGCACUACACUUACUCUCCGGACUCUCUCUUCUCCCGAAUGGCGCCUCUUAUCAACUGCUGCCGAAGAUCUUCCCAUCGAUGACGCAAUGGAGGAAGACGGCCUUGGCUCUGAUUGCGGUGGCACUUGCGUAUAAGGAUGGAGGACGUCUGCGGAUACUCUCGCCAAUUCGCGAGUUCAUGCUUCUUCAACACCCGCCUUUUGGCACCUGCCUAGCCGAGCUGCGAGUCUACUACUUUGGCGUACUUGCUCCCUUCAACGGAAUGGAGCCCGAUGCCGAUCCUUUCCAAAAAGCGACGGAACAAGUCUCCUCCGAAUUUGCGAAUAUCAAUUCGAUUUUAUCGCAUUACUGGUCAUCGAUGCCCGGUGCAGAUCAGCAGGAUGAGUUCCUUGCCGCCACAAAGACCUUGGUUGUUUCCUCAGUGCAUGUCUCAUGCACCGAUUGCGUGCCGCUGCUCUCCUCUGCUAUCGAGCAGCUGGAGGCAAGGGAGCAUCACGAGGAAGUGUUGAAAUGUCGGAUGCUCCUUGGCCGCCUCCUAUCAGGACAGAAUCAAUUGGGAGAAGUCAUAAGAUUGCUUGAAGAAGUAGAAAGACAAUUCGGGGCCAGGGGCGACAACGCUGAAGCAACAGAGUGCGCUUACCAUUUGGGAAACGCACUUCGUUUGCGACGUGACUUCAAAGAUGCCACUGCCAAGCUCAGAGAAGCCAACAAAUGCAAAGAAGCAGAAGGGAAUACCACCAGCGCAGCAUUGUACAUGUGGUGUCUUGGGGAGGUGCUAGCACAACAAAGCGAUAUCGAAGAAGCUCUGAGGAUCCUCAGCACUGCAAAUGCGAUGUAUCAAGAACUGAGAUGCCGAAAGGUUGGAAGACAGCUGAGAGCUACUUGGAAGAAGCAAGGCCUAUUUGAGCAGUUUGGCUCUAAGCGUGAAGCUGCGACUUGCCUGUUCCAAACGGCGCGACUUUUGCAACAGCAGAACCGUCAUGGAGAAGCAUGCCGCGCAUUCAUGGAAUGCAGGAAGAUGAUCGCCAGCCUGGGAUUCUAUCGGAACGAUUCCUAUUGUACGAAAGACCCUCGUGACCAUCUGCGAUAUGAAGAGCGGUUCGCAGAGGCGCUUUCGUGGUUAGACGAAGCACAAGCUACGUUUGAGCGCAUUGGAGAUAGGAACCGCCAUACCGAGGCCGUCGCAAAGCUUUUGGAAGUACUAGGAUCUGGCAUCGACGCUCUGGAUCUAUUAGCAAUGGCCAACUAUUUCCUUGGUCGCUCAUACGACAAGUUAGACGAGACAGAACGUGCUGCGCGAGCCUUUACCCAAGGUGCAGAAAUUUAUCGAAGGAUGGGACUGCAGGACGAUGUAGGACGUUGCGAAGAGGCAUUGGCCGCGUUAUCCAUGCAGGAAGCUGAGGCUCAGAAUAUUAAUGGCGGGUGGAACGAGUGGAUGGACCGCAUCUAG